AUGGCUCCGCGAUUGUUUUAUGGGGCUCCUCCCCGGGAUUUUUGCUCAAGAUCACGAGGAAGCCAAAAUCCGGGUUGCCCGUCUGUAAGCCAUCUCCAAAACAGGAAGAAACAUUCAGAAAAUAGGACGCAGUAUGCACGCCAUCUAAAAGGUUCCAUGAAAGACAGGAAGAUUUGUGCACUUUGGAAUGGCGGACCUCUUUAUCGCGGAAGUAAAGCAUUCGGACGCCCAGAAUUACCCCUCUGCCAAUGCCAGCUGCCUGAAAGGAUUACUGAGAUAGGCAGCGAUGUGAAAAAUGGGACCUUUUUGAGAGAAACUGGUAAUAGAAACAUGUACAUGGACGAAGUAAACCUCAAAGAUGUUAUUGGUCUGGAGGAGCUUCGGCGUCCGGAAAAUGGCGAGGAGAGGGGACAGACUGUCGAGGAUGAAGCUUGGAGCCUUCUGAAGGAAUCUGUGGUUUACUACUGUGGUAAUCCAGUUGGCACAAUUGCUGCCAAUGACCCAUCAGAUGCAAGUGUUCUUAACUACGAUCAGGUCUUUAUUCGUGAUUUCAUACCAUCUGGCGUUGCUUUCCUGUUAAAAGGAGAAUAUGAUAUUGUCCGCAACUUCAUCCUCCACACACUUCAGCUGCAGGUGACGCACUCCUUUCCAUCCUGAUACACAUUUAAUAGUUAGUGUUGACUGUGCUAUGUUAAGGUUCACGUGACAAAAAGAAGGCAAGAUAAUAACAUUUUAUAUCGAUCCAAGAACAUCUUUUUCCAUCUUCUUCCAUCUUUUUCUUUUAUCUAUAAAUUUGAAGUUACACAUAUUUAGUUCAUUUCAUUUUUAAAUUUGAAGGUUUAUAUAAGGCUAUUAAUUACUGCUAUCUGCCGAUUUGAGAACCGUCUGCCUGGAGAGUAUCCUCCCCUGGUCUAGGGUCAUUUGGGUUAAACAUAAGAAAGGGACUUUCUCUGUUGACGCACUUUUUUGGUUGAAUCGUCUCUUAUGCUAUGAGAUGUGGUCACUCUUUUUUUUCUUUUUCUUUUUCUUUUUUUCUUUGUUGAGCCGCGACCGGUUGGAUCACAUAUAGUUCUAUCUCAUGUGUUUUUUUCAGUUUAAGAUCAAACUUACCAGCUCAUGGAUCAGCUGGUAAGCUUGAUCUAUUUGUAUCUUUGCAAUCAAUAUCAUCACGUAGGUUGGUUAUGGCUUACUCCUCUUCUACUCUCAGUUGCUUGACUUGUGAUGAUGCUCCCAUUGUUGACAGAGCUGGGAGAAGACAAUGGAUUGCCAUAGUCCCGGUCAAGGACUGAUGCCCGCCAGCUUCAAGGUGCGGACAGUUCCUCUUGAUGGCGAUGAUUCUGCGACAGAAGAGGUCCUUGAUCCUGAUUUUGGAGAGUCGGCAAUUGGCAGAGUAGCCCCUGUUGAUUCUGGUAAAACUAAUAUGAGAGAACUUCCAGCAUUUCUUUUUCUCUACACGCAUAGUACUAAUACGUCUAGCUGAUAUGUGAGAUCUCUUGCAGGGCUGUGGUGGAUCAUAUUGCUGAGAGCUUAUGGAAAAUUCUCUGGGGAUGUCUCAGUUCAGGAGAGAAUUGACGUCCAGACAGGGAUCAAGAUGAUCUUGAAACUUUGUCUCGCUGAUGGCUUCGAUAUGUUUCCAACAUUAUUGGUGACGGAUGGUUCCUGCAUGAUUGACCGUCGCAUGGGAAUCCACGGCCACCCUUUGGAAAUUCAGGUUUAUUGAUAUAAACCCACAGGCAGGAUCGAUCAUUAGUUUUCUUUUUUCAUAUUCAUGCAUCACUUCCAGCCGUGAUUUAUGAGAAAUGGGUCCGCCUUCACCUUCUGAUGCGUCAAUUUUGCUUCAGGCCCUCUUCUAUUCGGCAUUACUCUGUGCUCGUGAGAUGCUUGCACCGGAAGACGGAUCUGCCGACCUGAUCCGAGCCUUGAAUAACCGGCUUAUAGCGUUAUCCUUUCAUAUCAGGGAGUACUACUGGGUCGAUAUGAAGAAGCUCAAUGAGAUCUACAGGUACAAGACAGAGGAGUACUCUUACGAUGCUAUAAACAAGUUUAACAUCUACCCAGACCAGAUUUCGCCAUGGCUCGUGGAGUGGAUGCCCAGCAAAGGUGGUUACUUGAUCGGAAACCUGCAGCCGGCCCACAUGGAUUUCCGCUUCUUUUCUCUGGGAAACCUGUGGUCCAUUGUGUCCAAUCUCGCAACGGCAAAGCAGUCGCAUGCCAUAUUGGAUCUUGUCGAGGCGAAAUGGUCCGACCUGGUGGGGGACAUGCCUUUCAAGAUUUGCUACCCCGCUCUUGAUGGACAGGAAUGGGCGAUCAUCACAGGCAGCGAUCCAAAGAAUACGUAUGUAUCCAUUUUAUUUUCCCUGAACUUUACGUUGAGAACGCUCCCAUUUGGUUUUUAUAGCGGCAAUAAACCCCUCCGUCUUAAGUAGCCAUUUGGUGACUUUGAGUUGGAUGGCCCAUCCAGUGGUCGGUCGCUCUUGGGCUCAAGGAAACCCCGUUGACGUCGCCCUCACAUGAACAGAGCUCGAAAGUCAACCUGAGAACUCUACACUUGAUAAUGCCCGAAAACCUCUUACCUCCUGGCUCCCAGACUCUCUCUACUAAUGUGGUGAUUUGUGCAGGCCUUGGUCGUACCACAACGGAGGUUCUUGGCCGACGCUGCUCUGGCAGGUGAGCCGCUUCCUCUUCGUCCACGUAAAGUUUGACUUCCUAGAGGGCAUCUUGAACAGUUUGACCCAUACAGUUUGAACAGUUUGACAAAAAUAAUAAUGAUAAUAAUAAUAUUUUUUCCGCCACAUGCACUUACAUGGUUUCUUCAUUCACCCUCUUGGGGACUUGCAGCUCACCGUGGCAUGCAUAAAGAUGAACAGACCCGAGAUUGCCGCGAGGGCCGUGGAGCUCGCCGAGAGCCGGAUAUCCAGGGACAAGUGGCCCGAGUACUACGACACCAAGAGGGCCCGCUUCAUCGGGAAGCAGGCGCGGCUCUACCAGACGUGGUCCAUCGCAGGGUUCCUCGUGGCGAAGCAGCUCCUCGCCAACCCGGACGCCGCCAAGAUGUUCGUGGUCGAGGAGGACGCCGCGCUGGUCAGCGCCAUGAACAGCAUGUUCGGGUCGAGCCCGAGGAGGAAGCGGGGCUCUAAGGCGCCGAAGAACAGCUACAUUAUAUGA